CAGAGAUCCCUACCAACUCGGCCUCAUGCUCUCAGUCGGGCUCCACUAUCACUGACCAUCAUGCUGCUUUCUUACUAACCCAAGCUUGUGCCACUGAUAUAAGGCCUCGUCCCCUCGUAACCACUGGUCCCCGAGCGUGUAUUGUCCCUUUACUCUUGUCUUUGCUUCAAAAUAAGCUGACCUAUUCCUGUCGACUGGCCUUGACCCGUGUGUGAAUACUUCACUACAUCUCAGGCCUAAUGGUAUACCAUCCAACCUUGUUGUUAUAAUUGUUGUUAUAAUUGUCCACUAUUCUGCUGCCUGGUGCCUGGUGCCUGGCUACAAGGAACCACGCCUGACUGCCACUCGCAACUGCCAUUUUCCCAACUCCAUCGUUCUUGCCCUCCAUAACUACAUAUGGGCGCCACCAUCAUGACCCCUCCCACAGAACCUUCGUCGCCGCUUGACGGUGGCAUUCGCAAGAGAGUAUGCAAAGCUUGUGAUCGGUGUCGUUUGAAGAAGUCAAAGUGCGACGGUGCUAGCCCGUGCAGUCGGUGUAAAGCAGAUAACGCCAUUUGUGUGUUUGGUGAGAGGAAAAAGUCGCACGACAAAGUCUAUCCCAAAGGGUGAGUGGUGCGGCGACCAUAGAGUCUUGGACACUUGUCGUCUGACACAAUACAGCUACGUGGAAAUGCUCGAAAGCCAGCAAGCCCAGCUAGUCACCGGUCUCCAGGAGCUGUACCGACGUCUGCAGAAAGGUCAAGGCUGGACCGGCAGUGCCCUCAAAGAGUCUGGCUCAGGACAGCCAUUGACACAUGACAUUCUAGAGAGACUAGGGGCUCUAAAACAAGAUGGCCAUACCACAAAUGACACAUUUGAAGAGGAUCUGGAUCUGUUGCAACAACGACUCAUCGCCGACGGUGCUGGAUAUAUGCAGCGCGCUCCCUCGCACGACUCACAUUCCCUGUCCGACAGCAGCGCGCCUUCGCCCAUCUACGAGCCUGUUGCCCAAAGACCCAACUUCAGCAAUCCUUUCCCAAUCAGCCAAUACCCUCCCACACCUCCCAACCACAGCCCCUUUCCUCCCAACGCCCGAACCGUCUCCCUCAAGUCCCAGAACUAUCCCAACGUCGCUAUCAACCACUCGAAUCUCAGCUGGAACACACCCAUGACUGACUUUGACGAGGCCAUGGACUUUUCCACCCAGUACGACGCUCCUCUGAAAUUCGAACCCUCGGUGAUGGAUUCCUCGAUGGAUCUUUCGUCGUUUCCACAAGCCGUGUUUCAAGACCAGAUUGUGCCCACCGCCAUCAACCCUUGUUUGACCAUCAAGGACUGGUCGGCCCAAGAAGAUUUCCACCGCUACUUCAACCCUUCGGCGAUGGCAUGAUUUGACUGUACGGGUUAUGACUUGGGUACAUGGUUUUAUGAAUGAUUUUGUAUGCAUGAAAAGCGAGCGUCUGCAUGGGCCGGACGAUAUUCUCCACAGGGAGGGAAGAAAGACCUUGGGACAAGGCCACGGAGUACUUCAACGGACAGGUUGGAGUCUGUUUUUGACAGACCAUGGUGGUCGGUUUACGUCAAUUUGAUGAUUUGUGUUGCCUUGGGGACUGUUUCCCAGGGCCUGGUCGAACACCAUCUGAUUACGAGGUCGGCCUACUUUUACCACAUGUGCUUCAGGAGGGAUUACGUGUUUGGAAGCAAGGCUGGCAUACCUGGGCCAAGGCGUCUGCAGUGGACUUGUCUAUAGUGUCCGCAAAGGUCUGUACCGGGCAGUCUCUGCCUGGUCACACAAGUAAUGCAAUAAUGAUGUUCUGGCCUCGCAUCUCGUCUGAGCAUGCAAUGGCAAACCUGUAUCCAGCCACAUUCUGACUCAGCAUUAUUUGGGCAUCGACUAAUACCGGGAUUGUGUCGCAAAAUGGUCAUUGAUGACGUUCUGACAAGCAAGAGAAUGGGUGGCCUCAUUAUGCUUUCUCGAUUCAUUCUCGUUGCAAGGUACAGAGGACGAUUGUCCUUUCGUAGGGCGGGGUGGGAUGUGAGGGUGCACAAGCCAGGCACCGACAAUAAUGGCUCGACGGCUAUCUCAUGCUCUUCUUUGUCAUCCAUCGUUAAACUCUGAUAGCUUGGGUUCGACCAAGGUUUGACGUGGCGCUCAUUCCGAGCGCAGGCCAAACCCUGCCACCUCUCAUCCCAGAACCAGUAAGGCCCAGCAGCAUCCCGCAGGGGGGCGUGGGAGUGCAAACACGAUUUGACUAAAUCACAUCGAUCAAGUCUAGCAUCCCAAUUUUGGGAGGCCCUUGGCCAAGCAUUCACCUUAGGUUUCUCCAUCAUGCCACAUGAGGCAAUACCUCAAAGGGUUUACAAUUGGUUCAAGCUUUUUGAGGCAUGAUAGUUGUGGAGUCUAUCGUGGGCUCAGUACUCCGUAGUGCCUACAGCCAACACCUUGGUGAACUUUGCAUCUGCGUCAACUAGCUGGUAGAUCGAAUCUGUUGCAGACUCGCCGUUCCAGAUGGUUUUGAAGCUGAUGUCAUUGUGGACGACAGUGUUUAGCAACGACAUGCAUAUCGACAACUACAAUGUACGAAAAAAGGCUAGAAACUCGGUAACGUAAGGUUUGCGAAGGUGCGAAAAUGCGCUCAAAGAUCAUGUAUUGCUCCAUAGAGGGCGCACAUAGCAUCCUCGAACGGAGUCGGAGACUUCUGCUUCCGGCAAGGCAAGAAACAAAGUUGUCAAAGUUGCGGGACAACCACGCCACCCUUGCCGAAGUACUCGAGCACCGACCUCGAUAUUCAACUGCUAAGUACCUUGGUAACUACUUGAUAGGUUCGCUCAUCGGUCC